GACCCGGCAGGGCGGGAACCCGGCUGCCGCGGCGGCACAACGAACUGUUUUCAAACGGUGCGGACUGACAGACGCCGGGGCUGUCCUCCGAGCUGCCUGAUCGGCGCCGUCCGCCCCGCCGCCUCCUCGGGGAUUCCCGCCCACACCCCACGCGUGGUUCCCGACGUCCUCGGCCUUCGGUUCCCUUACCUACGCCCCGGGAAGCGCCGCCCGCCGCGCGCUUAAGGCCUCUUUCCGCGCUGUGAUCAGGCAGAGCGCCGGGCGCCCAAAGGACCCGAAGGACCCCCGGCGGGUCACGUGAUCCACCUGCUGCACUACGGAGGAGACCUCCUCUUCCUGGCCGGUGCUCGUGCUUCUCUCCCGCCCAGGGCAGUCAUGUUCGUUCCCUGCGGGGAUUCGGCCCCCGACCUAACGAACUUCACACUCCUGAUGCCGGCAGUAUCCGUUGGAAAUGUUGGCCAGCUUGCAAUCGAUCUGAUUAUUUCUACACUGAACAUGUGUAAGAUUGGUUAUUUCUAUACUGAUUGCCUGGUGCCAAUGGUUGGAAACAAUCCUUAUGCAACUGAAGAGGAAGAUUCAGACGAACUCAGUAUAAAUACUGAAGUAUAUGCAUUACCUUCAAGGAAGCUAGUGGUGCUUCAGUUAAGAUCCAUCUUCAUUAAGUAUAAAUCCAAGUCAUUCUGUGAGAAAUUGCUGGCCUGGGUGAAAAGCAGCAACUGUGCCAGGAUUAUCGUUCUUUCCAGCAGCCAUUCCUAUCACCGUAAUGAUCUACAACUUCGAAGUACUCCUUUCCGGUACCUGCUUACACCUUCUAUGCAAAAGAGUGUUCAAAAUAAAAUAAAGAGCCUUAACUGGCUAGAAAUGGAAAAAAGUUCAUGCAUUCCUGAAAUGAGUGAUUCUGAAUUUUGCAUCCGCAUUCCUGGAGGUGGAAUCACAAAGACACUCUAUGAUGAAAGCUGCUCUAAAGAAAUCCAAAUGGCAGUUCUGUUGAAAUUUGUUUCAGAAGGGGACAACAUCCCAGAUGCAAUCAGUCUUGUGGAGUAUCUUAACGAAUGGCUUCAGAUAGUCAAACCGUCUAGUAACAACCCCAGAGCAUCUGCCUUGCCAUGGAAGGUCCCCAGCUCUUGGCGGCUCCUCUUCGGCAGUGGACUUCCUCCUGCACUGUUUUGAUCUGUUUUCAGCCUUCUCCCUCAUCCCCAAGAGAUCACAGGAUGAACUGUUGAGUAUAUGCUGUAUAGAAAUUUGUGCUGCCUGAGGGUAUGUUAGAAAUGCUUUUCACAGAAAAACCUCAAAGAAAAGAGGUUUUAGAAGUUACUGUGCUUGUUAUAUAGAGUAAAUGUAAAUUUUGUACAAUAAAAUUUUAUUUCCUAAGCA